CUUGGGUUCUUUAAAAGCUCCUGAGUAUGUGAUUGUUUUUAGAUGUUGUGAUAAGGAACAAAUUACACAGUAUAAAGGUAUCGGUACGAAAGAGUUCCCCUCGAUUCAAGCGUUUUGCGUGGUAUCUGUAUUUUAUAUCAAACACUUUAUUAUUCUAGUUAAAUUCAAAAGUCACCGGUAUAUCCAAUCAUUGUGUGUAUUGUGCUUUCCUAAUAGAUGUUUUACAUUGCAUCAUAGGGUAUUUUGAGCGAUUGUCUAGAGAUUUUUGGAUGCUACUUGUUGUCAGUGGCACAACAAGGUUAAGGGGACCUAAGCCCUAUUACUAAAGGUUCCGAUCAAAAAGGGCCCCCAAGAUAGCCUGACAUCUAUGUUUUUUUAGUCUUGGAAAAGUUACUUAACUGAAGCAAAAAACUCAGCUCUUCCUAGUAUUAUCCAGUUUAAAUUUUGCUUUUUUUUAAGGUUACGGUAAAUGUUCUUGGCACGAUGUUUGGUUUUCUCUCUCUAAAAGCCGAGCUAUUAACGGAAUCAGAUUAAACUUUACAUCAUUCGAUGCAUAAGAAUGUGGUGAUUCCAACCAUAUCAAAAUAAUUGGCAAAUAUUGUUAAUUGAUACUUUUCAGGCAAAUUUAUUGCUUAAAUGAGUGUACCGCGUUCAAAAGCUAUUUUGCACCCUUGCGUUUGAGGUAACAAAAUCUGACUAAUAUUAGCAGAAAGCGCAGAUCCUUAGCUACCAAAGAGUUUGUCAGAUUUUACAAAUUUCUCCUCUCCUUGAAACUAUACCCUUCCAAAAACCCGCAACUAAUUUUUCUCCCCUCUCAUAGCUGUAUUUGGCUAUAAAAGACGGACCAGAGCAAAUACAAAAAGUUUUGAGACACGCUUUGCUUACCCGACAUCUGUCCUGGCCGUGUGCAAAUUUCUGAGCCAUUCGAUUGGUUCUUUGGGUACACCUAGGACUUGUAAGUCCGGAGAAAACAGGAUUUUACUAGUCGCUCUUGCAGGUACACUCGUAAAUACAUAGAUGUGCCAUGUGGUUGCAACUAGUUUCUGUAAAUGAGACAUGUGGUCACAAUUGCAGAGCAACGAUAAUCGGCUAAACAGGUCAAGAGAUUUUCAGACCUCAACUAAAAGUUUUGGUAAAGAAGUUUUGGAAACCUUCGUUUACAUUAGAUUACUUCAAGUGUCAAAAUCUCUGAUAGUUUGAAACAUGGUAUCAUUGUGUGUCUUGAAAGCUCGGCUAGUAGAAUGUAAAGAAAUUGAUAAUUGGAUGCAGGCACAUUGAGAUAUGGCUUACCAUGUGUUCUGCGACACCUUUUUUGUUAGGUUAUAGAUAAAGAGCUUAGUAAGGUUUUUAAGCGUUUGAAGGGUUAUUUAUACCGUAAAUUAUAGGUGGUUAUUAAGAAUGUUUUCAGAGGUCUUUGAAAUUGGCUUUCUUAAUUUUCAGAAGCAUUUCGCGCAUUCAAAAAAGUUUGACAGUUUUUAACCUCCAAUUUAAUUGUUGUCACUCUGUCCUCACAUUUUGUGUUGCCUCUUUUUUGUUUGGAAAAGAACAGACUGUAACGGAAAAAAAGGUUUCUUUGCUGUAAUCAGAACUUACCCUUAACUUUAUAGACUUACAGCAGAUAAAGAAUCUUAUUUGUUGACUGCAAGAUUUCACGUGAGGUCAUGCUCGUUGAAAACUUACACACAAUUUUUUGGGCCUCAUUGAAAAUGUCGAACCUCUAUCAAAUCGAGGCCAAUGAUUGAGAAAUGUUACCUGGACUGUUAUUCCAAACAUUGCUGGUUGUGUUGACCUUUUUGCGUUGAAUGUGAGAAGACCUUACCAGGCUUAUGAAUUUAAUCGUACGCAGCUUUGUUGAGUACUGAGACAACCCAAACAAGAACAGUGCGAAUUACAUAAAUCUCGCGUCGUUUUGUCGCGGUUUGUAGCAACACCGAACCAAUCUCCUUGUACCAGAGUUCUAACAAUGAUAAAUGAGUUUCAGAUUUGAGGCAUAACACCUGUCACGCGAGGGGUCCAACCGUGUAAUUUUCAGAGGCACAAACACGGGUUAUUUACAGUUUAAACCAAGCCAAUUUUUUGCCUGUCUGAAUACAAACCUAAUUAGUCGCUUUCGUCUCUGUUGCAGCUUUAGGCAGUGCGGACUUUGUUUGAUCUGACACAAACGCUCAUCUCCAAAAACUCUCAACAUGAAAGGCGUCCUGACCACUUUUAUUCCAGGUGCUGUGCAUUGCUGGUUUCGUGAUGGGAAUCAAUGCUCGUACAGAGAAAUACUCGCCAAAGCAAGGACCUCGCAGUUCCCAGACAAGAACAGUGUUUGACGGAAGCAAAAGCGAGGUUGUGAACGACUUCGAUGCAGACAGUAACGACGCCAAUCAGGAAGGACCUCCGCUCGAUAUUGACAAUAGGCCGAAAGAUAUAAGAAAUAAGGGCGAACCCCCUGCUCACCAACCAUCUGCUACAAAGACCAAGAAGGGAAGGCUUGUAAAUCGAUUCCAUUGGAUGUUGAAAAUCGAUUAUCUCAAUGCAACUGUCACCCGAAAUGGCGAAGACCCUUCAAGCGAAAUGAACGUGACAUCUGUUGGAAGCGGUGUUGUUUCAAUCCGAGGGAUAAAAGCAAAUAAGUUUCUUUGCAUGAGCAAUUUGAACGGGAACAUGUUUACGAGUAAUGAAUUAAAAAAGGAAUGCAUCUUCAGAGAGUUUCAGGAAGAAAAUUUCCACACGGUAUACCGGCUUAAUUUUAAAAAAUCCCCAUGGUACAUUGGUAUCAACAGAAAUGGGGAUUUCCUCAAGAAGGCUGCCAAGAGAUUUGAUUUUGGGACAUUCUUUCAGCUGAUAUCGUGAAAAUCGUUUAUGACGUAGCAAACAGACUUCUUGUAACUUUUUGUAUCCUGUUUAGAAGAAAAUGUUGUUAAAAACAAUCUUUACUGUGAUCUUCCUUACAUUCAAUUAGUUUUAGAAAAUUGUUGAAUAUUUUUUCUACUAGAUAGUAUUUUCUUUAUGUCUCUCUGAUCUGAAUUAAAUGAAAUUGGCAACGAAAUAUUGCCAUGAAGAGAACCGUUUUACUUUCCACCUUUUCUUUGUGUCGGUUAGUAGAGAUUUGUCUCGUUUGGUUGCAUCAUGUGAACAUUUUGAGAAUUGUAAACACUGUCUGGGAGACGAGCCUAGUUUACUAGUUUAUAAUCGUUUAGGACUAUUGCCCUAUCCAUUUGUUCGAAGCAACAGAGAAAAUUAAGACGAACUCUUAUGGACAAGAUUUACAUCUUUUAGCGCUUCACAGCAUUUAAUCAAAACUAUUAUGUAUCGUAGUUGCAUGUUUAAACCAGAGUUUCAUUCUCAAUCGUCGCAUGACAUUAUUUCGUACUCGAUUACCGUAAUGCCUCGAAUAAGCGCCCAGGCGCUUAUUUAAUUUGUGAGACUCAAGGAUGGGCGCUUAUUUCAAAAGUAGAUUUGGGUGCAGCUUGUGUUUUUCAUUAAUCUUAUAUGUUGAAAUGCCUUAAAAUUAUGUUUUCGUUGAAAAUUUGGAUAAGCGCCCGUUUUUGAUAGUUGAAGGAUAGAUGCUUAUAGUGAUGGCCGCUUAUUCUAGGGGAGCUUAUUCAAUCUUAUUCUUAUUCAUCAACUUCACCUCUAGGGUGGACGCGUAUUCAAUAACUUGACCUCUAGGAUAGGCGCUUAUUCAAGGGGGGCCUCUUAUUUGAGGCCGAUGCUUGUUCGAGGCAUUACGGUAGGUUUUUUGAAAGUGCCACUUAGGCAAAAUUGAUUGAUACAUUUUUUGCUGGUUCAAGAGUU